AUACGACUUAAAUCCGGUUAAUCGGCUGCGAGAUUUCCUCCUCCCUCGUCAUCCACUCUGGUUUUCCGGUUGCCGCGAACCCGCCUUUGAAAACCGAGCCUCCUCGCCGGAAAACCACUUCACUGCGCUCCCAACCGAGAGCACUGCUUCCUUGUUCCAUGGAGAUGCUCUGACGCCGCCCCGAGAUUGAUGAGGGUCCUUGGAACGAUCUGCCAUCUAUGACGACUGGAACCCGGGGGAGAUCCAUGCGGGCACACGAUCUCACAUGGAAUGGCAGAUCCCUUCGUCGCCACUCCCAGCACCGAUCGAGACGCCGACAAGGCUCUUGUUGCUUUGAAGAAAGGCUCCCAAUUGCUUAAAUAUGGGCGUAAAGGAAAACCAAAGUUUUGUCUAUUCAGAUUAUCUAAUGAUGAAUCAUCUCUAAUCUGGUUGUCAAGCAGUGGGGAAAGAACGUUAAAGUUAGCUUCUGUUUCAAAAAUCAUCCCAGGACAAAGAACUCCUGUCUUUCAACGCUAUUUGCGCCCUGAGAAGGAUUACUUGUCCUUUUCCCUUAUUUAUAAUAAUGGAAAAAGAUCACUUGAUCUGAUUUGCAAGGAUAAAGUUGAAGCAGAGGUGUGGUUUGCAGGACUAAGAGCAUUGAUUUCUUCUGGUCAAUGUGGCCGUUCAAAAAUUGAUGGAUGGAGUGAUGGUGGACUUUAUUUUGAUGAGGCGAAGGACUUGAGAACCAACAGGACAAGUGACAGCUCUGUAAGCACCAUUUUGGAUGUUAGUUCUCCGGACAGCAACUUAAACCCUGGCAUUUCAUCCAUUGACCAUCCUGAAAAUUUGCGAACUUUUGAGAAAUCAGAUGUAACAAAUAUGCAAGGCAAAGGAAUUCCUUCUGAUGUUUUUAGAGUUAGUGUUUCCAGUACACAUAGCACAUCCAGUCAUGGUUCAGCACCGGAUGACUGUGAUGCUCUUGGGGAUGUAUAUGUGUGGGGUGAGGUCAUAUGUGAUAGCUCUGCAUGGGCUAGCACUGAGAGAAGUAAUAGUCCUAUUAUUGCUAAAACUGAUAUCCUUCUGCCAAAGCCUCUAGAGUCUAAUCUAGUUUUGGAUGUUCAUCAUGUAGCCUGUGGAGUCAGGCAUGCUGCCCUGGUGACAAGGCAGGGGGAGAUGUUUACAUGGGGUGAAGAAUCUGGUGGAAGGCUUGGGCAUGGUGUUGGAACAGAUGUUAUUCAUCCUCGUCUGGUUGAAUCUUUAUCAGUGUGUAAUAUUGACUAUGUUGCUUGCGGACAGUUCCAUACUUGUGCUGUAACUGCAUCUGGUGAACUUUAUACCUGGGGAGAUGGUACACAUAAUGUAGGCCUUCUUGGUCAUGGUACUGAUGUCAGCCACUGGAUACCUAAGCGAGUUUCAGGACCUCUAGAGGGGCUUCAGGUUGCUUAUGUUACUUGUGGCACUUGGCAUACUGCUUUGGUAACUUCUGCAGGGCAGUUAUUCACUUUUGGUGAUGGAACUUUCGGAGUUCUAGGGCACGGUAACAGAGAAAGUGUUUCGUAUCCAAAGGAAGUUGAAUCUUUGAUGGGGUUGAAGACAAUAGCUGUUGCAUGUGGAGUGUGGCAUACUGCUGCUAUAGUAGAUGUUAUUGUAACUCAAUCUAGUGCUAGUGCAUCAUCUGGAAAAUUAUUCACUUGGGGUGAUGGGGACAAGUUUCGCUUAGGCCAUGGUGACAAGGAAGCACGUCUUAAACCCACUUGUGUACCUUCACUGAUAGACUUCAAUUUCCACAAGCUAGCCUGUGGUCACAGCCUUACAAUUGGCUUAACAACUUCAGGACGUGUUUUUGCAAUGGGAAGUACUGUUUAUGGCCAGCUGGGUAAUCCCCAAUCUGAUGGAAAACUCCCCUGCAUGGUUGAAGAUAAACUCGCCAGUGAAUCUGUUGCUGAAGUUUCUUGUGGUUCAUACCAUGUUACUGUUUUGACAACUAAGAAUGAAGUUUACACUUGGGGAAAAGGGGCAAAUGGCAGGUUGGGUCAUGGAGAUUUUGAAGAUCGGAAAACACCUACCCUUGUUGAAGCGUUAAAAGACCGAACAGUUAAACGUAUUGCUUGUGGUUCAAACUUCACGGCAGCGAUAUGCAAUCAUAAAUGGGUAUCAGGUGCAGAGCAGUCCCAGUGCUCAGCAUGUCGGCAAGCUUUUGGUUUUACUCGAAAGAGGCAUAAUUGCUAUAACUGUGGACUUGUACACUGUCAUUCAUGCAGUUCAAGGAAGGCUCUAAGGGCAGCGCUGUCUCCCAAUCCUGGAAAACCUUAUCGUGUAUGUGACACGUGUUAUCUGAAACUGAAUAAAGUGCUGGAAUCCAGUGGAAUCAAUAAUAAAAGGAAUACUAUGCCCCGUUUAUCAGGGGAAAACAAAGAUAGGUUUGACAAAGUGGAAUCAAAAUUGUUAAAAACUCCUCCUUUGGCAAGCAAUUUGGAUUUGAUAAAGAACUUGGAUGUCAAGGCAGCAAAAAAUGGUAAGAAGAGUGAUACACUGUCUUUUACUCGAGCUUCUCAAGCUCCUUCAAUUUUAAGGUCGAAAGAUACAUCUUUCAUUGGUGGAUUUGAUCUACAUCAAGCAGUUCCAAGACCAGUUCAAACGUCGACCACCCAUUCUGUAAACCAGUCCAGAGCUGUCUCACCUUUCUCAAGAAAAUCUAGCCCUCCGCGCUCGGCAACACCAGUUCCCACAACUUCUGGGCUUUCCUUCUCCAAAAAUGUAACUGACAGUCUGAAGAGAACAAAUGAACUUUUGAAUCAAGAAAUUCAAAAGUUACGUGCUCAGGUUGAUGGUCUGAGACACCGAUGUGAGCUUCAAGAAUUCGAGCUGCAGAAAUCAUCAAAGAAAGCUCAAGAAGCAAUGGCAUUGGCAGCAGAGGAAGCUGCAAAGUCCAAAGUUGCGAAGGAAGUUAUAAAGUCCCUUACUGCUCAGCUUAAAGACAUGGCAGAGAGGCUGCCCCAUGGUGUCUACGAGAAUGAUCAGAUUAGACCAACGUAUCCACUGAAUGGCAUCGACUCACAUGCUUUGUAUCAUUCUAAUUUGAAUGAAGACUAUCAGUUAAAUAAUGAUGCAAGUAGUAGUCCGGCCAAUCCACCAUCUAUCAACUCAGUUGUGAUUAAUGGACUUUCAGCUCAAAAUCAUUCUCCGAGUGGUUCCCGUGAGACCAAUGAAUUGGACGACACACAUCUUAACAACCAUCGGGUUGCAAACUCCAAUCAAGAAGGUGAGUAUUUGAAUUCGGAUCGAAGUGGUAAUGCCGAAAUGCCUAUAUCUGGCAGAAGGGAAGAUCUUGAGGGCAGAGGAGCAGAACCCCGUCUUAAUGGUGAGAAUGUCUCGAACUCUAGAAGUCCUACAUCCAAUAAUCAAGUCGAAGCAGAAUGGAUAGAACAAUAUGAACCUGGUGUAUACAUAACUCUCGUGGCACUUCGUGAUGGAACAAGAGAUCUCAAGCGAGUGCGAUUCAGUCGAAGAAGAUUCGGAGAACAUCAAGCAGAAUCAUGGUGGUCAGAGAAUCGAACCAAGGUGUAUGAAAAAUACAACGUUCGUGGAUCAGACAGAGCUUCAGCAGCAGUGUCGACCCAAUCAGUGCAGAGAUUCGGCGAGAGCUAACACCUUCUGAAGCCUAGAACAAAUUAGAACCGGCGACAUUCAGAUCUUCGACACGCUUCUAAAACCUCUACCAUAUAUACAUGCCUUCCUUCAAUUCUAUCAUUCAUUUCUAAUUGCUGUAUCGUAAUGUAUAUAUAUAUAAAAAUCAAAUUUGAGCUAGCAUGAGGGCAGAGGAAGGUGUUUUCCAAUUGAAGUAUGCAACUUGUAGGCCCCCUUUUUUUUGUUGGUAAUUUUCUCCAAGUUAUAUGAUCCUCAACAUUGCCUUA